UUCCUACGAAAUGGAAUGAAUUCCUCUUGUUGCAUAAGGUUUUUUAAUGGUCUCUUCACAUAUAAUGAUCAGGUUCUCGAUGGCAAGCCAUACAAUAGAAAGUGCGACGUGUACAGCUUUGGCAUUUGCUUAUGGGAGAUCUACUGCUGUGACAUGCCAUAUCCCGACCUCAGUUUUGCUGAUGUUUCUUCUGCUGUUGUCCGUCAGAAUCUAAGACCAGAUAUUCCGAGAUGCUGUCCAAGUGCUCUGGCAAACAUUAUGCGAAGAUGUUGGGAUGCAAAUCCGGAUAAAAGACCCGAUAUGGACGAGGUUGUGAAGCUUUUGGAGGCAAUUGAUACCGAUAAAGGACGUGGUAUGAUUGCUGAGGACGAGAAAGUUCGGUGCUGUCCUAUGUUCUUUUCGAGUAAAGGGCGGUAACUCCUGAUUCUUUUGAAGUAUGAACCCUAAUUUUCUCUUUUCUUUUCCUUGGUUAUUGUCAUUUGAGGAGCUUAUACAGUGGCUUUCUUUACAUGGACUUUGUCUUGGAAUUUAUUGGUGGUUCAAGCUUACAUUGCUUGUUUAUCUUUUGGAUUGUUUGGGGGUAUUUAAAUUAUAUCUCUGAUGAGAAUGAUACUGUUCUUGUAAAUGGUUUUAUCCUCCAUUGUUAAUAAAGUUUGUCAGGUGUGACUUUCUUGAUA